GCUGCGGGGGCGUGGCGUGGCGGCGGGCAGCCAAUGGGCGGGCGACGGUGCGGCCGCGAGGAGGUCGGGCGCACGGGGCAGCACAACGCGGGGCCGCCGCUGAGCGCCGCUCGGCAGCGGCCGAUCCCCUCCAGCAUCCUCGGCGGUGGCUCCGCUCCAGCAGCCAACACACGGGAUUGAAAUGACCUUGAAAGCCGAGAACAAGGGCAGCUCGCCGGAUCCUGCCCGGGCUCGCUCGGGCCGAGGCAGCCUGGCCGCAAGAGCCUCCCUCCAGCUCUGAUUGUUUUUUGUUUUUUUUUUUGGGGGGGGGAAGCGAAAUCCGUGGCUCGCUCUCUCCUGCCUCCACCGUACAGUUUCCCCUCGUUUGUGCUGGCAGCAGGAAAGGGAUCCAGCAAAAAUCAAACGCUGUUGGAGGGGCUUGCGCCGGACCAUUUCCAGGCUUCUCCUUGCCACGCCAAACCAAUGCAUGAAAAAGCAGCUCCCCUGAAGAGCCCUGAGCCCAUGCAUGGCCGUGAGAAAUUGGAGGCAUCGCAAAAGGAGAAGAGUUUGGAUUCCCUUGACAGCAGCCUCCACCUGAAUGAAGCCCUGAAGGAUGAAGACAUCAAGAAAUGCCACCGGGAAGUGGCAGCUAGCAAGUACAACUCCCAGUACCACAAGCUGUUCAAGGACAUCCCAACGGAGGAGAGCGUGCUGAAAGUUUGUUCCUGCGCCCUCCAGAGAGACAUACUCAUCCAGGGAAGGCUUUACAUCUCCCCCAACUGGCUCUGCUUCUACGCAAACCUUUUUGGGAAGGACAUCAAGGUUGUGAUCCCAGUGGUCUCCGUACAGCUGAUAAAAAAGCACAAGACGGCUCGGCUGCUGCCCAACGGCUUGGCCAUCACCACCAAUGCCAGCAGAAAGUACAUCUUUGUGUCCCUCAUCUCCCGUGACAGCGUCUACGAUGUCCUGAGGCGAGUCUGCACGCACCUGCAGGUUUCGAGUAAGAAGAGCUUGAGUUUGAAGGAGCUGACAGAGGAGCCUGAUGCUGUGUCACUGGAGGUGAUCGUCCCUGAGGGCAAGUGGAGGAAGGUGUCACCCACUUCGCUGUCACUGUCACUGCCUGACGCCAACUACCAGUGCAUCCACCGGACCUCCAUUAGCAGCCUGAGUGCCAAGGAGAGCUCCUUCACCUCCGAGGAGCCCCUGGUUUCGGAAAGUGCAAUAAACACCGAGGAGGAGCUGGAGGUGGAGCAGAACUGCGUGGCAGAGCUGAGACCUUCUGACUACCAGCUCCUGAAGAUCUUCAUUGUGCUCAUCUGCCUCCUCGUCGUGUCCUCCUCGUACCUAGCGUUCCGCAUCUUCCGUCUGGAGCAGCAGCUCUGCUCUCUGAACCGGGACUACCUCUCCCGUGGGCACAGGAGGUGACCGUUACCUCCAGCGCUGGCUGAGGACAGAUGCUGAGACAGUGGCACCCUGCGUAUGGAUCCCAGUGCUGCGUCCUGGCUGCAGCUAUUGCACGUGGCCGGGCUUUUCCUUGGCCAGUAACAUGGGACCAAGUAUCUUCUCUUUUCCUACUGGCACCCACUCUCGGUGGGACCACCCGGCCAGCUUGCAGCCACUGGUGCCAACUCCCUGUCCCACUGGAAACCCGUUUUCUCCCCGGGACGCUGCUGUGCCAUAGCACCAGAUGAUGGCUCGGGGCUGCUGAGUGGUUGGACCUCCCCUUAGAACUUGCUGCUAUAUGAUUGCUGGUUUUUAUUCCAGACUUGGGCUUUUCUUGUUAAAAGAUGACCUUAGGCUCACUGGGAAUCCCUAAAAAUUGUGGAUGAGUUGCUGCUGCCUCUCUGGGUGAAGCCCAGGCAGCGGCUCUGGGCUGAAUCCACCUGUUCAUCCCCCUCUUGGCUCCCCCAGGGCUGUGGCCAGAGGAAUGGCCCCAGCCCUGGGGGUUUGCAGGGAUGGGCCACCAGCCAUGUGGGGCAUCUCUAUCCCAGCACCCAAGGGUGGGGAUACAAUCCAGGGUCCCCCAGCUCUGCUGGGCUCCGUACUGGCCUCCAGCCCCUCCUUCUGGAGCACUGGGGGCAUCUUGGGGGGUGGUAUAGUGGUGUGUAUGUCCCUGCAAAGCACUUUAGGGUCCUCCCAGACCAGGUGUCCUCGCCGGGUCUGCACCUGGAAAUGGUGCUGGACCAGGGCUUUGUUAGCCCCACUCGCCUCGUUAAGAUGUCCUGAAAGGAGCCCACAGCUGGCACUGGUGAACGUCCCAGAUCAUGGGUGUGUGCCCUGGUUUGUGUUAAUGUCGUCACUGUGUGGAGCCGAGUGCCGCAGGAUUUAUCCUGCAGCCUCCUCCAGGAGCAUGCUGGGGCGGCAGGUGAUACCUGUGUGAUGUAUUUUGGUUUUCUUUCCUAUUUUUUGGGAACUACAAGUGCUGAUGGGGCCAAAUCCCCAUGCCCUGGGGAAGAGCUCGCUGCUCACUGUGGGCUCAGAAUGGCUUUUAAAUGAAAAUAAAACCAGGAUUUUCUAGCA